UCUGCUUUUACUAACUGUAGAAUCUGGAUGAAUGAGAUUUGCAUCUUCAAUGUUGACUACUGUGAACUUAAGUUUGUUGAUUUUACUUCUACAGAUAUGCAUAAAUCAUAUACUUCAUGUCCUUAAAAUACCUGCAGAACGUGCCAGUGGGUUCAUCGCUCUUGGGGAGAAGGCUGGUGCUCUGGAUGGUGAACUCAUUAACUAUUUGUCGACAAUAUCCUCUCACUUGCGUGAUGCGAUUGCUCCCCGUAGAGGCAGGCCCUCACUUGAGGCACUAGCAUGUGUUGGAAAUAUUGCUAAAACAAUGGGACCAACCAUGGAGCCACAUGUUCGUGAUCUCUUAGAUUCUAUGUUUUCUUCUGGGCUUUCCCUAACUCUGGUGGAAGCGUUGGAGCAAAUAACUGAAAGCAUUCCACCUUUGUUGCCGACCAUCCAGAAUCGGCUGCUUGAAUUUAUCUCAACAAUCCUUUCAAGAUCUCAUCAUUCAAUGCCAAGACAAUCAGCUUCUGUGAGUCGAGGGCAUAUUACAACGGUUACCCCCCAA